GGCAAAUGAAGGGCCUGGAGGUAGUUGACGCUGCAUUGCAAACUGCUUUUGUACUCAUAGCCUUGAAGCUCAAUCGAAGGCUUAUCAGAAUUUAAAAAAGCUAAAGUUUACACAAAAAGUGCAUGGGAUGAAAUUUAAUAUGAGCUGGCUCAAUUUUGUUUGUUUUUCUGUACUUUGACGUAGUAUGUUCAAAGAGCUCCUAGCCUUUAAAAAGCCGACUGAUGCUUGUUCAUGUAAACUACAAAAGGUGACAGCUGAAGUUUUGGGAGAAUUUAAUAGUUCAUUCAAAUUGGCUUGCAAAGGGUCUGAAAUGGUUCUUCAACACAGGAUCUCAUUGUUGUUCCUCAUCUUUUCAUGUCUGAUUGUGUUGACAGAUUCAUGUAACAGUCGAUGUCUGGCAAAUAUAAUAAUUGCUAAGAAAAUGAAGAGUGCACCACAGGGUGAUGGUUGUACUGUCAAUGUAACCAUCACUUCAAUGCAAUAUGAGACACUGUCUUUUGAUACGAAAAACAUGCAAAUGAGCAGCCGUGUCAAGAUAAACAUGAUAUGGAUUGAUCGUGAUCUAGCGUGGAAUGACACAACAUCUAAUGCUACAGCUGUUAUGUUACCGGUUGACAAAAUCUGGACUCCUGAGUUAGUUUUGGACAAUGUGAUAGAUGUAACCGUGAAGCCGUACAAUAAUGAUGUUCAGGUGACGAGGAAUGGAAUAGUGGACUAUGCCGUGAUCUUGUUCAUAUCAGUGAGCUGUAAUGAUAUCAACCUUUUCAGCUACCCCUUUGUGAAAGGAGAAUGUUCUGUGGCCAUCAAUGGAUGGAACCAAAGCUAUUGUGCGCUUAAUCUCACCCAACCUACUAACAUAACUAAUGUUGGAGGCAUUCAAGGAGAGUGGGAGACUGUGAGCGUGACGGUAGAACAAAAUGAAACGGCUAAAAACCGCAAACAACUCUUGGUCUCUUUAUCCGUCAGUCCUUUCAGUGCUGUUGUGACCCUGAUCCUGCCCAGUGUACUAAUAAUGCUGGCUGACCUGGUGACCUUUGCUCUGCCAGUUCAAGGAGGAGAACGCAACAACCUUAAGGUCACCCUGGUCCUGAGCUUCACCAUGUUCCUCCUCAUCCUCAAUGAUCACCUGGGCAGUGGUGGACGAUGUAGCCCUAUCCUCCAUUAUCACUUCUGUUUCUGUCUGGUCAAUCUGGUGCUGAGCAUGGUGAUGUCUAUUCUGUUGACACGCCUGACAUUAGAUGAAAGAUUCCUGCCUUGUAAAUGCUCAAAGAACCUCAACCCCCCCCACAGAACUGCCAGUCUGCGUCAGGAUGAAGCAGAUGCUGGUGUGAUUGCAAUAACAAAGUCUAGUGAUCUGCCUUCAGAGGUGGCUUCCCUCCAAAAAAUAGUGAACUUUUUGGAAAACAUUGACCAAAAAGAGCAAGUGGCAAACAGCAACGUGGCUUUUGUAGAUCGCUUGGACAAAAUCUGUUUCUGUUUUUUUUUAUUCAUUGACAUCAUUUAUAUCAUCAUUGUUGUCAUUGUCACGAGAACAGAUUUGUGCAAAGAAAAAAAGAAAGUUUUCUGGGAUACGGAAGAUUAUUCUAUUAAUUAUACUGAUCUUUAUUAUUAUCAUCAUCAACAUUAUCAUUAUUAUUAUAAUUAUUUUUUUAAUGACACAGAAUAUUAAAGACCUUUAUAAAUAAUUAUUAAAGAACAUAUCAUGAUUUGUUUUUUGCACAACUCUCAUAGGUGAUUUUGAUCUACAACAUUUCUGUAUGUGAUGUACAUGAAACAGAAUUAGAUUUUAUAUUGUCUUUAAACCUUUGUUUUAGAUUUUUAAUAAUAUACUGUAUUGUACAAAUUCAUUUACACAUUUGAGGAAUUUCAUUAACCAUGUCAUUAAUAAAGGCUAUAACUGGGAGAUUUAGUUUUAUUUAGUUUUAGUGUUGAACAUUAAAAAUCCAUAUGUUGUCAUAUGUUAAUAGGGGAUUUGGGGUAGAAGGCUCCUAGUAGCAUGUUGUUGCUGGAGCCUUUAUUAUUAUUAUCAUUAUUAUUUGUGUUCAUUUAGCCUAAAUUUUCGCAUUCAGUUUAACCCUUUCCAUUUUUUAUCAUCAUAAUUUUUUAGGCCAGUUGAGUGGAAUUUUAUUUAUUUAGCGUAUUGUGUAAAAUGCAAUAUAAAAGAAUUGUAUGAAGCAUACUCAAAAAAAUUAACUUUCACUGUUGUUAGUUUCACUCAAACCAUCCUUGUUCACAUUACUACAUGAACGUAAUUUAACUGCGUUGUUUCUACUAAAAUUGAGUAUUGUCAGCU